UGCCGGACCGCGAGCUCCCUUUUCUUUCUCUCUUUACGAACAUUCUUCUCUCUUUCACUCUCGCCACUUCCGGUGCAGUGUGCGCACUUGCUCUACUUUCCUCGCUCUUGUUGGGCAGAAUAAACCUAGACGUUGUUACUGAAAAGACGUGUCCGUCUCGUUCAACCCAGCUCUACAAAGUGGUGACCCGGACGUGAUUCGCGGCACUGCCGAAGUAUUGUAGAGCCAUGCAACGCAACGAGACGCACCCCAACACGGAAGCUACUGGCACGACCGAUCAUGACGUCUCUGCGGUCUCCUUCCGACUUCCACCUUACUGGGACCGCAACCCUUCGAUCUGGUUCCUGCAAGCAGAGUCACAAUUCGUGCUUUCUGGCGUGCGCACGGAACAACGCAAGUACCAUCUCGUUGUUUCGGCGCUCUCACCUGCCGCUGCCGAAGAGGUAUGUGACCUGCUUUCAGGACCGCCCUCCGCCACACCAUACAGCACUCUCAAGGCUGCUCUGUUGGAGCGAACGACGGCAUCACAGCGUUCUCGCAUCCAACAACUGCUCUCCGCGGAGGAAUUGGGCGACCGCCGGCCAAGCCAGCUUCUUCGUCAUAUGCGUACACUGAUGAGUAGCAGCACAACCCCCACAGAUGACAACUUGCUGCGCGAACUCUUUCUGCAGCGCCUUCCGGCCAAUGUGCAAAUGGUCCUCGCCACUGCAUCCACGUUGGACCUCAACAGUUUGGCCAGCCUGGCAGAUAAAGUCCUGGAGGUAGCGACGCCGUAUGUGUGCAACGUCACGCCAUCAUCCAACAACGUGAGUGUCGUUCCACAGAUAUCAUCUGCCCCUGCUUCUCCUAUCGACGCACUUUGCCAUCGCUUGGAAGAACUGGUUUGUGCUGCGGAGCGUCAUUACCCCCCACCACGUCACCGAAGAAACCGCAGCCCAAGCACCCCGCGGUAUGGACGAGAACAACGCUCCCGGUCUCCCACACCACCAAGGAUGUGUUUUUACCACCGUCGUUUUGGGAAGGACGCGCGUCACUGUCUCCAACCUUGCUCGUGGCAGGAAAACAAGAAGGCCGACCAAUAACGGCGACGACGGGUCAAGGCCAACCAGAAAGUCGCCUACUACACGUCAUGUGCAGAAUCACAGGCCAGCAGUACCUGGUGGACACUGGUGCAGAGGUCAGCAUCAUUCCGGCACAAAAAUCCGACCGAACGACACCCCCGAUCUUCUACCUUCAAGCUGUCAACGGUAGCAAGAUCCCCGUGUACAAAUCGCGGUCGCUCACUCUCAACCUCGGCUUGCGCCGCGUGUUUCGUUGGGUUUUUCUCGUCGCUGACGUACGCCGUGCCCUCAUUGGCGCUGACUUCUUAAACCACCAUGGACUGCUGGUCGACGUGAAACGGCAUCGACUGCUAGACACUACUACACUUCUCUCUGUUCAUGGUGUCGUUUCCCAUGACUCAUGCAUAAUCGCCCCAACUACA